GGCGAGUGGCAACUUAUUACUAAAAUGGAUACGAUACCCAAAGACAGGAUCCUAGAGAUUAAGCCAGAUGCCUUGACUGAAGUCCGUAAACAAUACAACCUGGAAAAACCCGGACAAAUGAAGGAGGCCAUUGAUAUACUGGAGAACUGGGUGAAACAACAAAAACAUUUUAAAAAGAAGGAUUUUCGACCACAUUAUUACGAACUUUGUAUCAUUACAUGCAAGGGAUCCAUAGAACGUGCAAAGACCCAGAUCGAUAAAAUUUGCACGAUGAGAACGUUGUUACCACAGUUCUUUGAAGAUUAUAAUGUUAAAACAGCUUUCAAACGGUUAAACGAAGUUUUCUACAUUGUCCCGUUGCCGAAGUUAACAGAUGAUUAUUAUAGGAUAGUUAUAAGCAAGUUUUAUGACUUCACCUCAGUCAAAGAUUUUCAACAUAUUGACUACUAUAGAAUGAACAUUGUGCUAGCUGAAUACCUAAAAAUUCACGACUAUGUCGCCGGAUUUAUGGUGAUAAUAGAUUAUUCUGAGACUAAUCUUAUAGAUAUACUGUCAAAAAUAAAUAUUGUUGAAAUGAAAGAAGCAUUCUCAAUUUUCAUAGAAGGUUAUGGAAUGAGAAUUAAAACUAUUCAUAUUAUAAGUGCAUCAAAGGUCGUUAACAGUAUCGUUGCGAUUUUAAAACAAUUGCUUAAUGCUAAGGUCGCUGAUAGAAUUCGUAUUCACAAAAAUAUUGAAGAAAUACAUGAAUAUAUUCCAAAAGAAUUACUACCAAAAGACUAUGGUGGAGAGGAACGCUGCUUAAAAGAUUUACAAAUGGAAGUGUUGGACGCUUUAUCAUCAGAGGAACACUUGAAGUAUAUGCGAGAAAUUAACGCAGCUGGUACAGAUGAAAAUUUUAGACAAAAAUACAACUUUAAUGAGCAGUAUGCAGGAAUGCCUGGCACUUUUAGAGUGUUAAGUGUUGAUUAGUUGAGUUCUUGUAAGCUUUAUGAAAAAGAAACCGUAGAAUAUCAAA